AUGGCUACUUCUCCUACUCUUCUGAGUCUUGCUACAGAGAUCCGCUUUCUGAUCUAUUCCUACCUGCUUCCCAAGGUAGUCAACAUGGACAUUGUUAGGGAUGAUAUGGAUGGACCUCUACGCAAUAGCUUGUUUCUCGUCUGCCGAUUGAUCCACCGCGAAGCGUUGGAAUACUACUACUUCACGAAUACCUUCCUCCUGGAUUUGUCCGAGCCUGCGUACGCCCCGAAUAGAUUUGUCAAUGGCACGAAAAGCUUACUGAAGUAUAUUCGCCGUGUCCAAAACCUGCAGCUGGUCGUUGGAGAUUCUUUCCCCGUGAAUGAGGAUCCUUACGCUCUUUCGGAGUACGCACGAGAGCAAGUCGACUGGUUCUUGACAACCUUGCGCGAGGCCAAUGAGAACCAGCAAGGACCGUGGUUGAAGAACUUGGUCGUCCAGGACGAUUGCGAGCCAUCGAUUCUAACGGAAUUCACCAGAGAAGUGCUCGAAAAGGGAAAGAAGAGGAGAGAGGUUCUGAUCUCGUUGCUUGUGCCUUUUAGGGGUAGGAUUCGGGCCAACCUUAGUAUCGAAAGUCGCGCUCUAUCGCAGAUCCGUAUAUACGAUGGGUCGCGUGGCGCAAAUAUAGCGCCGGCUUGGGACACCGUUGUUGGCGUCUCCCAGAUGCAUUCUGGCAUCCCCCCCCUGCAGCGAGUGGGCCAGAGUCAUCCCGCAUUCCUAGGGGCCUUACAAAGUUGCCUCUACCAAGUUCGCAGCGGGUACGCGACUUCGCAAAGGAUGUUCCUGGGCGACAUCGGAAUCUAG